AUGUCGGGUCGCAAUGAUUCACUUCUCUUUUUAAUUUUCUGUUCACUGGGUGUUUUCUUCUCAUACUUUUUCUAUGGCAUUCUUCAGGAAACAAUAACCCAAACUAACUAUGGCGGUAAAAAAGGAGAAUUUACUUUUAUUAAACCGACCCUAUUUAUUCAAUGCUUGAUUAACGCUGCGUUCGCAUAUACUGUUCUCAACUUUAGACCUGAAACUAAGCCGAAUAUAUCUCCUAAAGACUAUGCACUCUGUGCCAUGUGCUACAUUGGAGCCAUGUUCAGCAGCAAUGCUAGUCUUCGCUAUGUGAAUUACCCGACUCAGGUGGUUGGCAAAUCAAUCAAACCUAUUCCCGUAAUGUUAUUGAACGUCUUAUGGGCGCGGAAGCGCUAUCCUCUAAGGCGGUAUCUAUUUGUCGGCAUGAUCACCGUUGGUGUUAUUCUCUUCAUGUACAAGGGAGACGUGGCUUUCAAGUCAGGUGCUCGUGAUGGUUUCGGACGGGGUCAUCUUCUUCUACUUCUGUCCCUGGGUCUGGAUGGUCUUACCGGAGGGAUGCAGGAAGAUUUUCGUUCACGGGCACAGAUUGGAACGUACAGUUUAAUGCUAAAUUUGAACGCAUGGUCUCUGCUUUACUUGGCCAUAGCCAUCGUGUCAACGGGUGAGGUGGGUCCCUUUUUCAUCUUCGUCGAAAAGUACCCACGUGCUAUCUUUAAUAUCCUUCUUUUUGGUGUUGUGAGCGCUAUUGGUCAGAUGUUCAUCUACACGAUGAUAGUGGGUUUUGGCUCCUUGGUGUGCUCCAUUGCGACGACCACGCGAAAGUUCUUCACAGUCCUUGCCUCGGUAGUACUAUUCGGCCACACGCUCUCCAUCCAUCAGGUUGUGGGGGCGGGACUCGUUUUCAUGGGCCUUCUGGCCGAUCAGAUACUCAGCAAACAACACCACGCCCUACGCCCCGCCUCACUGCCGCAGGCCCCCAUCCACCUGACUCCUCCAGCUCGCUCGAGAACGAAACGCGAUAACGUUACCAUCUUCUCGGGUCUUUAUUGUCCCCGAAUGGCGUCACAAACCGUUCAGUCUUAUUUGGCAGAGUGCACAGACAAGCAUGUAUUAAGCACAAAACUAGCGAUAGCAGAGCCAGAAACCGUGGUUGGAAAUAUUUUGCAGCCACCAUGGGAUGAAAUAUUUGCGGCUCAUCUCAGAUGUUUGUGGGCUAUUGAUUUGAACAACCACGAGGAAGCCUGUGCCUGCCAACUAGUAUUAGUAAAAUAUCCUUUUACUCUGACCAAGGUCUUCUCAGAAGCUAAGGAAGAAAAUUGGAUGCUUCCCGUGGUAGUUGCUGCAGCUGUGGAUCUCCGAAGGUUUGCCCAUGCUCUGGACGUUUUGCGCAAAAAGAAGGUGGGUGAUUCAGACUCUGCUUACGGAAGUCAUCUCGAGCGCGUCGCUCAGGCUAUAAUGAAGCUAUUUCAAAUUUGUGCCGCCGAUAGCAUUGCGCAACGCGUCACUUACAAUUACUACGUUGGUCGAAAGGCUAUGUUUGAUGGAGACCUUAAGAUGGAUAUUUGUUUGACUUUUGCCUUUGAGCGCUGCUUGGCUUCCAGUAAAGCAAACAAACGCCUGAUUUUAAUAUAUUUAAUACCUGUUCGGAUGCUUCUGGGCAUCUUACCUCACAAUACUCUUCUUCAAAAGUAUAAACUUGAGGAAUUUGAAGGCAUCUCUAAUGCUGUAAAAACUGGAAAUCUACGUAAACUAAAUGAGGAGCUGGAACGAAAUGAGGCCUUCUUCAUUUCGUGUGGUAUAUAUUUGAUUCUCGAGAAACUGAAAAUGAUCACUUAUCGGAAUUUAUUUAAACAGAUCGCUGGAAUAUUGAAAACGCAUCUGCUACCUGUUCCCGCCUUCACAGAGGCAUUGAAGAUGAUGGGGGUUGAAGACAUCGACACCGAUGAAACGGAAUGCAUUUUAGCUAAUUUGAUCUAUGAGGGCAAAAUCAAGGGAUACCUAGCCCACCAGCAGCAGAAGCUCGUCGUCAGCAAAAUCCAGCCAUUCCCCUCUUUAUCAGAGAAAGUCCUCCGUGGACUGGUGGUCGCUGAUGAGGAUGUUCUCGAUUUCCCCGAGGACGGGGUUGCAACGCCCACCGAAAUGUACGCAACACUUAAAGCUGUUUCCGGAGCCUCAGACACGUACCGAAAUUGCACCGAGAUUUUCCUGCAACUGGUCAACAGUCGCAGCUCCGAGGAUGACGCUGUUCACAUAGUCCGACUUCAGGCACCAGGCUGA